AUGGCAUUUCUAUUGAAAGAUUCUCCCGAAUGUGUGAAAUCUGAAUUGGAGUUGUUUAGCUUACCUAUUACUCAAACUGUUAUUCAAGAUGGUCAGUGGAUACAGUUUCAUCCACUUUCUAACGUGUUUGACAAUGCACCUGUAGAGUUUCACGUUUCAGGAAGUGCUGAAGAUUACAUAGAUCUCAGCCAAACUCAAUUGUUUGUGAAGGCAAAAAUUGUAAAAAGUGAUAAUACUCUCAUCACUAAAGAUGAUACUAUUGGACCUGUGAAUUUAUUUCUUCAUUCGUUAUUUUCUCAAGUUGAUAUUUCAUUGAAUGAUCGUAUUGUAUCCAAUUCAAGUAAUACUUAUCCUUAUCGAGCCUACAUAGAAACUCUCCUCAACCAUGGAUACGAUAGCAAAACUUCUCAAUUAACAGCUGAAUUAUUUUACAAAGAUUCUGAUGAUGGCUUGAAGAAAAGAAUUGCUUCUAUCAAAGAAAGUGCUACUGUGGAUAUGAUUGGGUGUAUACAUUCCGAUUUAUUUCACCAAGAGCGUUUGUUACUCAAUUUGGUGGAUGUGAAAAUAAAAUUGAUACGGAGUAAGCCAGAAUUUUGCUUACAAGGAUCUGACGGAUUUAAAGUAGUAUUAGAUCAUGUGUCUUUGUUUAUCCGAAAAGUUCGUGUGAAUCCAGGAGUGAUACUUGGUCAUGCAAAGGCAUUAGAAAAAACGAGUGCCAAAUAUCCCAUCAAUCGAGUGCAAUGCAAAGUGUAUUCGAUUCCUAAGGGAAGUAUGUCUUUUAUCCAAGAUAACGUAUUUUCAGGUUAUAUGGCGAAAAAAGUAAUAAUAGGUUGUGUGGAUCAUGAAGCUUUUCAUGGAACAUUUUCGAAAUCUCCCUAUGAUUUUAAUCACUUUGAUUUAAAUUUUAUUGGAGUGUAUAUAGAUGGGCAAUCUGUACCUCACAAUCCAUUGGAACUAGAUUUUGCAAAAAGUCAAUACAUUCGUGCCUAUCAAUAA